AUCAGUGUGGUCAUUUUUUUUUAUGAAAACAAAUUUAUUUUAGAUCGUCACGUUUUUUAAUAGUGUAUCUACAUACGUACUAUACGUACCUACAACACAUUCAAAAUGGCUACAAAGUUGAUAAUGUUUGCCGCUCUGUUCGGGCACUUGGCCUUUGCUUAUCCACCUACCGAGUACAAAAGUUACGACGCCAGCCACUACGACGAUCACGCACCUAAGCCAUAUCAUUUCGAGUACGGAGUGAAAGAUCUUCACACGCAUGAUAUAAAGAGCCAACACGAGGUGAGCGACGGUCACGGUAACGUAAAAGGAUCGUACCGUCUCGUGGAACCCGAUGGUUCCACCCGCGUGGUCGAAUACACCGCUGACCAUGAACACGGUUUCAACGCUGUCGUCAAGAAGAUCGACGCACCCCAUCACCACGUCGAGUACUCCAACACUGCGGACCACCAUCAUUACGAGUCACUUCAUCCAUACAAACAUUUGUCGUACAACAAGUUUUAAUGAAAUUUAAACAAAAACAUCAAUAAUUAUAGGUACUGUCAAUGCUUGAAUUGUGAAAAAAUAGAAGGUGCGGGAAUGGAAAGGUGUAAAAAAAAUGUACAUACCCGAAUGUUUAAAUGUCUUAUUGAUUAGGAUAUAAUUUGAAGGGGUAUGCACUAAGCAUACAUUUAAAAAAAAAAAAAAUAGAAACUCCGUCCCCCCCUCUCAAUUCAAGCACUGAUUUUACUGGAAAAUGUGUUACCAAAUAGUCGCGUGGUUGAUGCUAUACGUAUUAUUUGGUAUAGGUAUAUGCACGUCAUUACUCAUUAUGUAUUUUUUUUAUUGAAUAAAACAUUCGCCAUUAUUACC